AUGCCGCCCCCAUGCUCCGGCCUCACGCAGAGAACCCGCAUCUCCCGCACAGAAAUGGCGCAGGCUGCGCAGCCAGACAGCGCCGCGGAGGCGGAGGUGGGGGAGCGAGGCCCUGGGGGUCAGCAGUGGGACUACAAGGGCCUCGUGAUCACGAAAUUCGCCUUGAGCAAGGACGGCCACGCUGACGGCGCCCACUUGGCUCCCGACUCUGCGGAGAUGCGGGCGCUGGCCAGCGCUUUCGACGCCGACGCUGGUGGCUUCCGGCCCCGCACUGUGGUCCUGCAGGGCCCGGCGGGCAGCGGGAAGUCGGCGCUGGCGCGGAGGGUGCUGCUGGGCUGGGCGCGGGACGAGCUGUUCCAGCACACCUUCUCCCACGUUUUCCUGCUGGCGGCCCGCGAGGCGCAGAGCGCGCACGAGGGCAGCUUGGCCGAGCUGGUGUCCCGGGAGUGGGCGGACAGCCCCGCGCCUCUGGAGGACGUGCUGUCCCGGCCCGAGGGGCUCUUGUUCGUGCUCGAUGGUUUCGACGACCCGGCCCUCGGCCUGCAGGCCGGCCGGGAGGUGUGCGAGCACUGGGCGGAGAAGCGCCCCGCGGCCGUGCUGGCGCGCAGCCUGCUGAGCAAGGCCCUGCUCCCCGCGUGCUCCCUGCUCGUCAUGGCCCGCGAUGCCGGUGUGGGGGCGCUCAUGUCCCUGCUGGUGUCGCCCCGGUUCCUCGUGCUGGGGGGCGUCUUGCUGGAGCAGAGUGUUCGGCUGCUGCAGGAGCGCAGCGACCCGGGGCUGCAGGCGGCCGGGGAGCCUGUGGUGUGCGUGCUCCUGGGGGAGGCCCUGCGGCUGCAGCAGGUGGCAGGCGGUACCCCCGGCCAGACCGUCACAGGCCUGUAUGCCACCUUCGUGUUCCAGCAGCUCGCCCCGGGGGAUGCAGCCCCAAAGCGCCUCGGGCAGACAGGCAGGGCCGUGCUGAGGGGCCUGUGCAGGCUGGCCGCCGAGGGGCUGUGGGGCCUGAGGGGCACCUUUGCGGCAGAGGACGUCCAGGGCUGCGGGCUGCAGCAGCCCGAGCUCUGCGGGCUGCUCCACGCCCGCUGCCUGCUGCCGGGCCUGGGCGGAGAGACCUGCUACGCGUUCCUGCACCCCAGCCUCCAGGAGUUCUGCGCCGCCCUGCACUACGUCCUGGACGGCCUGGACAGGGACCCGGCCCCCGGCACCCCACUCCUGGAGAGCACCAGCUUGCCGGCACCCGCGCAGGCCGGCAUCGGGGCCCACAUGGGCCAGAUGAAGCGCUUCCUGUUCGGCCUCGUGGGCGGGGAGGUGGCGGGCACGCUGGGGGUCCUGCUGGGCCAGCCCGUGCCCCCGGGGCUCAGGGAGCGACUGCUGCGCUGGGUGUCCCUGCUGAGCCGGCCGGCCGGCACCCCUGCGCCCCAGGACAUGCUCGAGGCCUUCUACUGCCUGUUCGAGACGCAGGACGCCGAGUUCGCGCGCUCGGCGCUGAGCGGCUUCCGAGAGCUGCGGCUGCGCCUGCACCGGCGCGCGGACUGGGCCGUGGCCGCCUUCUGCCUCCAGCACUGCCGCGGCCUGCGCAGGCUCCGCGCCGACGUCCAGGAGGAGCGCUCCGGGGGCCAGGCCGCCGCAGGGACUCAGGUGGAGACCCUCACUGCUGAGUGCUGGGAAAAGAUGUGCUCGGUGCUCAGCACCCACCCAAGCCUUCAGCAGCUGGAACUGAGUGGCAGCCUCUUGGAAGAAUGGGCCAUGAAGACCCUCUGUGUGAAGAUGAGGCAGCCGGCCUGUAAAAUACAGACUCUGAAAUUUGAAGGUGCACAGAUCUCCCUGGGUCUCCGUCACCUCUGGAGGGUCCUUAUCACCAACCCUAACAUCAAGUCCCUGAGCUUGGAGAGCAGCACCCUGAACGGUGAGGACGUAGCCAUGGCCUGUGAGGCCCUGAAACAUCCUAGCUGUUCGCUGGAGUCUUUGAGGCUGGACCGCUGCGGGCUGCCCCGCGCCUGCGCCCCAGAGAUCGCCCGGAUCCUCGAGACGUGCCAGAGCCUGCAGUGCCUGAGCCUGGCGGGGAACAGGCUGGGCGGCCGCGGCGUGGGGCCCCUGCGCGAAGCCCUGGAGGCCUCGCCCUGCGCCCUGCAGCGGCUAGUGCUGGGGAGCUGUGGCCUCAGCACCGCUGACUGCCGUGACCUGGCCGCGGGCCUGGGCUCCAACCGCAGCCUGACUCACCUGUGCCUGUCCGGCAACGCCCUGGGCAGCGAGGGCGCCAGCGCGCUGUGCCAGGCCCUGAGGCGCCCCGGCUGCGGCCUCCAGCGGCUGCUGCUGGACGGCUGUGACCUGGACGUGGCCGCCUGCGGCUUCCUGGCCUUCGCGCUCAUGGACAACCCGCAGCUGACGCACCUGAGCCUCAGCGCCAACCCUGUGAGGGACGACGGGGCCCGGCUCCUGUGCGAGGCCGUCGCCAGCCCCGCCUGCCACCUGCGUGACCUGGCGUUGGCCGGGUGCCGCCUCACUGCCGCCUGCUGCAAGAGCCUGGCCGCGGCCGUCGGGAGGAGCCGGCACCUGCGGGCCCUGGACCUGGCCGCCAACGCCCUGGGCGACGCGGGGGUCGCCGCGCUCUGCGAGGGGCUGAAGCAACGCGGGAGCACCCUGGAGAGACUGGGGCUGGAGGCCUGCGAGCUGACCGACGCCGGCUGUGAGGCGCUGUCCUCGGCCCUCGGCGUCAACGAGCGCCUGGCCGGCCUCAACCUGGCGCGGAACCACUUCGGCGCGGCGGGCGCGCAGCAGCUGUGUCGGGCCUUCACCCGCCCCGCAUCCGCGCUCCGGAGCGUGGGGCUGUGGACGCAGCAGUACCCCGCGGAGGUGAGGGCGCUGCUGGAGGAGGCGCGGCUGCGCAGGCCGGGCGCGGAGAUCGCCGACGGCUGGUGGGCGCGGGCCGAGGACGGCCGGGACUGGUGGAGGAGCUGA